GCCAACGACAGAACAGGUUAAAUGAGAAUGUUAAGAUUCCUCGAUUGUUAACAACAAAUGGGCAGGUGUCCUGGCUUAUACUUCGAUAUUGGCAAGAAAGCCAGAGAUGUUCUCUACAAAGAUUAUGCUCAGCAGCCACCAACAUACUUCAAUUACCAAUGCUUCAAGUGGAAUUUCGAUCUUUCCUGUGAAACUCAAGAAAUUUUGCCAGGACUCACAACAGUUUUCAGAUUUACAAUUCCUGAUUCUAGCAACGUGGAAGUGAGAUUCAUGCAAAACUAUUUUGGGAUUACAUCAGGCGUUGGCGUGAAGGCAUAUCAACAAGGAUCCUUCAAAGGAAAUGGAUAUAACCCAAUUGUAAAUUUCUCUGGUGUGAUUGGAAGCACUCUUUUCUCCCUUGGGACUGACAUUAGCUUUGACAUAUCAACAAAGACAUUUGACCAAUUCACUGCCGGCUUAAGCUUCAACGGUCCCUUCCUUAUUACUUCCUUGACAUUGGAUGAUAAACUUAACACUUUAAAAGCUUCAUGUUAUCGGGAAUUGAACCCUCUCACCGGGACUGCCAUUGCAGCAGAAUUGAAGCAUAGCUCGUUGUUGAAUGGGUCAACAACACUGACAAUUGGAGCGCAGCACGCGUUGUUUCCAUUUACAUUGAUUAAGGCUCGUGCAAACACAGAGGCCAAAAUAAAUACACUUAUUCGGCUAGAAUUGUGGGAAAAAGUCCUCCUAUCCAUGAAUGGAGAGGUUGAUUGCAGGGCCACAAACAAGAUUUCGAAGAUUGGACUUUCUGUGGCUCUCAGGGCCUAAAUUUACAUGCAACCUGUGCGUUUAGUACAUGUCUGCUUCUUAGCUAACAAGAUGAAUUUCCAAGAGUCUCCAGUGCGGGUGAGAAGCAGAUGGAUUAUUUGAACUACUUCAUACUUCGGUAUGUCAUGUGAUCUGCGUAACAUGAAAUAAAUAAGCGAAAGCAAUGGCGAUACCCAGAUAUUCCUAUAAUGUUAUGACAUGUCAUUACUAUGAGAUAUUUGCAUUUUAUAAAUUUCAAAACAUUUGUUUGGACUUUUUCUUGGAAUCAAAUGGCGGGAAGAUAAAACUU